UCAAGGAGCGCGCACUAGAAAAAUUAUACCUUUCUAUUGUAAAAUUAUUUCCUGACCUUGACAGCUGCUACCAUAGAAGGCAAAUAUACAACAAUUUGAAUGACAGAGCAAACUGAGUUGGAAGGAACAAUUCAAAGAGAUGAUCUAGAAGUGAAAAUAAGUGAAGUGUUCGACUUGUUUGACCAUGAACGUAACAAAACAAUCGAUUUCCGAGAACUUGGUACAGUCAUCCGAGCACUAGGUGGUGCACCAACUGAGGCUGAAAUAGUAGCACUUGUGCGUGAAUUAGAGAAUGAUCCGCCAAAUGGUUACAUUAAUUAUGAACGAUUUCUUCCUGUAAUGUUGCAAGCAAUGGAACAGAAAAGAUUCGAGCCUGUAUCAGAGGAAGAACUGCUAAAAGCAUUUUCAGUUUUGGAUACAGAAAAGAAAGGCUUUUUAACUGCACAAGACUUGGAGACAUAUAUGGUUUCUUCAGGAGAACCAUUUACAAAAGAAGAGAUGGAAGAGAUGCUUGCCGCUGCAACUGAUCUGUCAAAAGGGAAGAUUAUGUAUCGCGAAUUUGUAAUACAAUUAUCAACAUACGAUGAUAACGCUUAAGAUUUUAAAAAAUGUGAAAUUUUUUUAUCUCAAGUAUAUCAUAUACGUAAAUACAAGCGAUUGGAUUAGUAUUAGAAAAUUACUCUUCAUAAAAAAAACACGUGUAUAACAUAUUUAUAAAUAUGUAUUACUUU